GCGCGCUCCCGGUGGGGCCGCGGCGGCUCCUCAGCCGGUGGAGCCGGACGGCAAUCUUGGGGCAGCGGCUUGGGCGGCCUGGGUCGGGCGGGCGGGCGGGCCCCGCGCUUGCCGCCUCUGCUGCUGCUCGCGCCCGGCCCGUCAUGGCCGCGUCGCCAGGCUCAGGCAGCGCCAACCCGCGCAAGUUCAGCGAGAAGAUCGCGCUGCACACGCAGCGGCAGGCCGAGGAGACGCGGGCCUUCGAGCAGCUCAUGACCGACCUCACCCUGUCACGGGUACAGUUUCAAAAGCUCCAGCAACUGCGCCUCACACAGUACCAUGGAGGCUCCCUGCCCAACGUGAACCAGCUGCGGAGCAACACAUCAGAGUUUCAGCCAUCAUUUCAUCAAGCUGACACUGUUCGAGGAACUCGGCAUCACGGGUUGGUGGAGAGGCCAGCUCGGAACCGCUUCCAUCCCCUCCACCGAAGGUCUGGGGACAAGCUGGGGCGGCAGUUUGAUGGUAGUGCAUCUGGAGCCAGUUACUCUUCCCAGGCUCUGGAUGAGAGUUGGCCAAGGCAGCAGCCUCCUUGGAAAGAAGAAAAGCAUCCUGGAUUCAGGCUGACAUCGGCUCUUAACAGGACCAAUUCUGACUCUGCUCUUCACACAAGUGCUCUGAGCACCAAGCCCCAGGACCCCUAUGGAGGAGGGUGCCAGUCCACCUGGCCUGCCCCAUACAUGGGUUUCUGUGAUGGAGAGCGUGACAGCCAUGGGGAAGUGCUGUCUUUCCCUGGUCCUUUGAAAGAAGAAAAUCUGUUAGCUGUUCCAAAGCCACUGCCGAAACAGCUGUGGGAGACCAAGGAGGUUCAGUCCUUGUCAGGGCGCCCUCGAUCCUGUGAUGUCGGAGGCAGCAAUGUUUUCCCACACAAUGGUCAAAAUGUAGGCCUCUCCCCCUUUCUGGGGACCUUGAACACUGGAGGGUCAUUGCCAGAUCUAACCAACCUCCACUACUCCGCGCCUCUACCGGCCUCCCUGGACACCAGUGAGCACCUCUUUGGUAGCAUGAGUGUAGGGAACAGUGUGGGCAACCUCCCAGCAGCAAUGACCCACCUGGGAAUAAGAAGCUCCUCCGGUCUCCAGAGUUCUCGGAGUAACCCCUCAAUCCAGGCCACGCUCAGUAAAAUCACCCUGUCCUCGCCCCUGAGCAGCCACCCACAGACAUCUGCCCCCAAUACAUCUGCUCUCCACCCCUCACUCCGCCUCUUUUCCCUUAGCAACCCCUCUCUUCCCACCACAAACCUGAGCGGCCCCUCUCGGCGCCGGCAGCCCCCCGUCAGCCCCCUCACGCUCUCUCCUGGCCCCGAAGCACAUCCAGGUUUCAGCAGGCAGCUCUCUUCAACCAGCCCGCUGAACCCGUAUCCUGCCUCCCAGAUGGUGUCCUCAGAGCGAAGUCCACUUUCCUUCCUGCCCACAGAAGCCCAGGUGUCCCCCCCGCCUCCUUACCCCACGCCCCAGGAGCUGCCCCAGCCACUCCUGCAGCAGCCCUGCCCCCAGGAUCCCUCUGCUCAGCAGUCCCUGCCUCAGACAGACUUCCAGCUUCUUCCAUCCCAGGGCUCGUCUUUGACCAACUUCUUCCCAGAUGUAGGCUUUGACCCACAGUCCAUCCAGUCAGGCCCAGCCUUCCCUCAACAGGUACCCCUGCAGCAAGACGCCCGAGAACCACAGGAUUCGUUGCAUCUGAGACCAAACUUGUAUUCCAACUGUGGGAACUUCCAGAACACAGUCCUGACAGAAGACUCAAAUGCCAGCCUGUUCAAAGAUCUCAGCAGUGCCCUGGCAGGCAUGCCUGAGGUCAGCCUGAAUGUGGACACUUCAUUUCCAUUGGAAGAGGAGCUCCAAAUUGAACCCCUGAGCCUGGAUGGACUCAACAUGUUGAGUGACUCCAGCAUGGGCCUGCUUGACCCCUCUGUGGAAGAGACAUUUCGAGCUGACCGACUGUGAGCAGAAUGCAACAGGACAGAAGUUUUGAAACAGCCAAAGCAGAUGGGAAGAGAAUGGAGCCAGUAAACCUGGACAUUAGUUAUCUCUGCGUGGAAGGAUCCAAGCCCAGGCACUAGGCUUUUAGCUCAGGUUCCAUCUCAGGCACCAUCACCUUUCCUAUACACAAAGCUCCAUCCUGCCUCUCAGACCUGCAGCACAAGCUACUGUGGUAGGCAGGCUGCUUAUGAGCUUCUGAUGAGCCAGACGCUCCUUCCCCUGACCUUUCCAUCUUUCUGUUGGUCAUCCAGCCGGUCGAUGUGUAAAUGCAGAAAAUACUGGUAGAGGAGGCCUCUUUAGCAGCAUGUAGUGCUCAGAACCACUGAUCUGUCGACACUGAAGAUGCAGCCGGGGGGGAAGGCUGGCGAAGGUGGCUCAUUUUCAGGCAACGGUACCUGGACACCAUGAUGCCUUCACCAUGGCACCCAUAGGCGAGGCACCUUUGCUGGUGGACAUACCGAAGCCUCAGCCAACAGCCAUGGCCCCUUACGUGCCUUAAGUAAAAUACAAAGAUGUUUGACCCUGAGUCCAAGGACAGGCUCAAGUCAGGCAAGCUGCGUGCUCGUUUGUUUCCUCCUGGUUUGUAAUCUCUCUUCUGCUGCUUCAGUACACUUGUCCUUUGUACAGGAGGAAAGGAAGACUUUAUUCAGUCACUGAAAAAAGCCCCCCAGGAACAGACAAGCCUGAAAAGAACGGUGCUCCUUGAAGGCUGAGGAAGAAGAGGCAACUGAAGGUGUCUUAAACUCUGGAGAAGCACACGCCUCCUCCUUCCUGCCUCCCUCCCUCCCAACCAACUGGAGGGAGCUGCCCAAGGUCCUGUGAGACCCAAGCGCCGAGCCGAGCCCCCCUGGCCUCUGCAGGGCAGUGUCCUUGUGGGUCAGGCAUUUGACAGUCUCAUUGGACUGGAAGCCCCUGGCCUACAGGGACUGUGCCUUCCUCCUCACCGAGCCCCUAGUACCUAACAGGUGCCUGGCCCAGAACAAGUGCUGUGUAACUGCUUGUCCAAUGCAUUCAUGCAUGUGUGAGCGAAUGAAUGAACAAAUGCGUGAACAAACCUGCCAUGUUAGGAGGCAGUCUAAUCUAUAGCAAACUCCUUUCCUGCCACACCUCAGUUUUACUUUCUCUAAUACUUGUGCCUUUGGCUACCUUAUGUAUGCACUUCGAUAUGCUUUUAACAUUAGGUGACCUGUCUAGGCACCCAUUCGGGUUGUGUGCUGUAGCAGGUGGUGGAAGUUGUCUUCUGAGGGCAACCAGAAUGGCUGAGCAAAGCACAGCCUUCACCUCAAAGGUCUUCCCCAGAUCCAUGUCUUGCUCCAAACAGCUUCAGAGAUUCAGGCUUUGAGGUGGAAGAAAUUGAAGGUAAAUGAUUGAGUAGUAAGCCCUAGUUAGACCUUAGCCGAUUCCACCACUGAUUAAGCCGGAGAAAUAGUGACGACCACUGAGGAGGAGCAGGUGUGAAAGGUGGAGGAGAAAGCUGGGAGCAUGCUAAAGGAGGGGUGAGAAGCUGGACCUUUGCCUCGAUGGCGUUGUCCUUCCCAGAGAUGCCACAGCAUUGCUGCUGGUUCUGGGCCACGGGGAGGAAGCCGCCACUCCUGUGCCUUACAAGAGGAGGCUUAUCACAGCUUCAUCCUCCCCACAGCGCCCCCCAUUUCUCCACCCUCCUCUUACGGGAUCACCUGGGAACCCAAGCAUUCCUGUUCUGUUUGCCCCAGGCUCCUGCGGAGUUAGACAAUGAAACUAGAACCCUUGCCUGCUGCCCUCAUUCCCAAUGAGACCUUCUGAGCUCCAUGCUUGAGAGCUCACAGGGAGUGGUGUUCUAAAGGAAAAGGGCCUUUCAGGGCUUUAAUACCAUCCAGCACCCCAGAGUACCAUGGGAAGCCAACUCUUCUCAAAGGCUCCCCUGAAGUUGAAUCUCACCUUUCAGGGAAUUGUGCUGGUAUAGGAGUUGUAUUUUUGAAGAAAGGGGGUCCCUGCAUAACCCACCUUUACAUAGUGCCUUCAUAUGGAGAUGAUUGCGCUGGGGGCCCCCUGCCGGUGGAGGUGGAAGUGCAGAAGACAGUGCCCUUGGGUCCAGUAAUCUGAACGUGACACAGCCCACCUUGUGUGGACAGCCACCCAACCCCGCAGGACGUGCCCCUGUGAACCUGCAUUCAGCCCCUGCCGUGACCAAGCUCUCCUGGUCCUUGGCACUGGAAAUAGCUAGGCUUCCAAAACACUAUUUUCCGGGCU